AUGGACACGUCUAACAAGUCUCAACACGAAUACGAACUCGUCGGUGUAUUAGUACACACUGGCACCGCAGAUUCAGGACACCACUAUUCCUCCACCAAAGAACGCAAGCCAGCACCUGGCGAUCCGUCAACAGAAAGACGAUGGUAUCAGUUCAAUGAUUCUAAUGUGGAAUUGUUUGAUGCGAAGGACAUUACUAAACAGUGUUAUGGCGGACCAGAACCAGAACAGAUUACCACCAAUCUACAGAAGAGUGUUACUCGAACAUUUCCAAGACCGUAUAGUGCGUAUAUGUUAUUUUAUGAAAGAUGCUCCGACGCAUCAAACGAUAGCACGUCUCCGGUAGCAGAAGACCAUGCUUCAAAUAUACCCUCUGACAUCUAUAUUCAUGUAUGGGACGAUAGCAUAGGUUUUCUCAAAGACAGGAAUAUAUUUGAUACGGCCUAUUUCCGUCUGUUGUGGAACGUUCUUCAUUCCAUCGGCGGCCAUAAAAUUGACCAAUUGACAUCACGUUGA